GGGAAACAAGUAACUCUUUACGAAACUGGCAAAAUUGAAUCCCCAAACGAAGAAUUUGAGGGAAAAGAGAAAAUCGAGAUGAAGGAGCCGCUGCGUAAAACGAAAGUGGUGAUAAGGCAUCUGCCGCCGUCAGUUACCCAAUCGUUUUUCUUUUCUAAAAUCGGCGAACGUUUCUCUGAUCGCUACAAUUGGUUCUUCUUCCGUCUCGGCAAGUCCAGCCAUAAACAACAGACUUACUCUCGAGCCUACAUAAACUUCAAGAGACCUGAAGAUGUCUUUGAGUUUGCUGAAUUCUUUGAUGGACAUGUAUUUGUUAAUGAGAAGGGUACUCAAUUUAAGGCCAUUGUUGAAUAUGCGCCUUCUCAGCGUGUACCAAAUCCUAGCAAUAAAAAGGAUGGUCGUGAAGGGACCAUUUUCAAAGAUCCCGAUUAUCUGGAAUUUCUCAAAUUGAUUUCAAAACCUGUUGAGAAUCUUCCUAGUGCUGAGAUUCAGUUGGAGAGAAAAGAAGCUGAACUAUCUGGUGCUCCAAAGGAAACUCCUGUUGUUACACCACUAAUGGAAUUUGUGCGUCAGAAGCGUGCUGCCAAAAGUGGAACUCAGGGGUCAAUAACUAUAAGAAAGGUUGGCAGAAAAAUUGCUGCUGCAUCUGCAGGCAAGUCUGGAUCCAGUAGCAAGAGUUUUGACAAAAAAAAGUAUAUUCUAAAAGACAUUGCAAAAGGUGCGAAAAUGUCCAAUUUUUUUGUAGCAUCCAAGCAAGAGGAUCAAUCAAUGACUUCUGUCGCAAAAGAAAUAAGAGAGAAUGGAACUGUCUGCAGCAUUGAUGGGCCUGUAAGUGGAAUUACUUUUUCUGCCGACUCUGGCAAGAAAAAGAUCCUUCUCGUGAAACCAAAAGACCGAGAGGCUCCUAAUGUGCCAGAGGGUGUAUCUGAACAACAAGGUGCAUCGUCUCCUGCAGGAAAUACAAGCGGUCCAACUGCUUCAAGACAGGGUCAAAGACGCAAGGCUGGUGGAAAGUUAAUAAGGAGCAUACUUUUGAGAAACGAAGCAGGCCAAAAUCAAUCUUCAGAAGCAGUUCAGCCUCAGCAGAAAAUUCAAGCUAUGAGUCCAGACACAGCUAAAAAACUUUCCCAGCCAACUAAUACACGAAUGGGUUCUGGAAGUGAGAAGCAUGAAAAACGUACAAGAAAUAGAGAUAGACCGGAUCGUGGUGUAUGGGCCCCUCGUGCUGAUUUUUCACAAUCUAAUGAGGAGCGUCUGACACCGUUUGUGUUACAAUCAGCACAGUCUUCUCACAGUUCCAUGGAAGGUUCCAAUCGGCAAUUUGGUCGGGGCCCAGCAGCUCAUACAAUUAAAGAUGAUGGAUCUGUCAUAUCAAAUGAGGUCAAGCCUUCCAAAAGAGGAGGUCCUACAAGCUCUGGAGCCCAUGAGAAACAAGUUUGGGUUCAGAAAUCAUCCUCGGGUUAUUAGAGAAUCUAACUUAAACCGGGUUUUGAAUCACAACCCUUUUGACCCAAUUUCAGGGUUCUCAACUUCCUCCACGUUGCAAUGACUUGCAUGUGACACAUCCAUUUGCCUUGUGUUUGCAAUAAUUGUAUUCUCAAGAAUAUGUUAUUGAGUACUCCUUUACCUGGUACUAUAUCUUAUUGGACGACUGUCAAGAGCAAGCAUUGGUGAGCAACGGAAUGGUUGCUUGCCUGCUCCGAAAUCCGAUGUGGUCUACAUUGGGAAAAGUGGCGUGACUGGAUCAAGCGUAUUGCUGAUAAUCGGUGUUGCUGGAAGGGGAGACUCAACCAGAUGAUCGUGUGGGUUUUUCUCUUUACUUUUUUUUGUGUUUUAUUGAAUCGUGCCGUGCAAAAUGUUUUGAAGUUUGCUUGGUUAUAUCGGUCUUCUUUAUAUAUACGUAAUACCUUAUUGAAAAAAGGUCGUAGUAUUGAAGAAAAAAAGUUGUAGAUGUUGAAAUUUGAAAUCCGAACUUAUUGGAUGAUGCGGUGUGAAGUGGUCAUAAGUUCACUCGAAUCUCUUUUUUUUUAAUAACAAAAUGGUUGUACUUCGGAAAUUAGAAAAGGGUUGUAUGGAUUCAAUAUACUAGGGCUUGCCUUU